AUGCGAGUGUUAGUUGACCAAGAGGGUGGAUAUAAGAUUAAGAUUGGUGAUUUCACAUGGCUGUAUUCAUCCCAUACUGCUCUGUAUGUGGAUGAUAAAUGGUACUCAUCGGAUGAUGAUUCGCUUCCAUUAACGGGUAUAUCGUUUGCGCAAGGUUCGGAUGUAAAUCUAGGGAGUUGGAAUGAAACACAAUUGAAUUAUGAUCUUGUUCACGGUGGAAUACAUACGAAAAUUGUUGGACAUAUACGACAGUGGCAAACUAAUUCGGCAAUCACAUUUCACUUGGAUACUGGUGAUCAAAUACUAAGUAAUUCGAUACCCUUGGAUAUGGACAGUGUUCGCACGGUAUUUCCAUCAUUUCAUAUAAAACAACUGCAUGAAUAUGAUCAACUGGGCUUUUUUACAUUUGCCGGAGAAAUGUGUGGCGAUGAUUCCAAACAUGCUGGCUGGUGGAAUUCAUCUAGUCAAGUUAUAACUGGAGGUAUGACUGGUGGACCAGUUGUUCUUUUUGAUCUUACUCAACAUGGAGAAAAUGACAUGAUUGUUCUUUCACCCUUUUCUCGAUUUAUGGCAACAUCAUUGAGUCAAACAGAUAGUAUCCUCGAAUACGGGGUUAUGGGUUCAAUGCUGACUAUUCCAGCUAACUAUAAUCAUUCGAUGAUCAUCUUCUAUUCUCCGAAUGGUAUUAACGAAGGCGUCCGCGAAUGGGGCACAAUGAUGCGAAAGGCACAUAAUCGAACCACUGAACAUCGUCUCAACGAUCUAACUAUUAACUAUUUGGGUUAUUAUACAGAUAAUGGCGGUUAUUAUUACUACAAUACGGAAAAGGGACUCAAUUAUGAACAAACAAUAAUCGAUGUUUAUCAGCAAAUUCAUCUACCGUUUCAUUAUCUACAAUUGGAUUCAUGGUGGUAUUACAAAGGUAUUGGUGGUGGUGUAACUCAGUAUACACCGAUGCCAACGAUAUUCCCUGAUGGUCUACAAGCACUUCAUCGUCGAGUAGAAAACAUACCAUUCGCGGCACAUAAUCGAUAUUGGGCAUUUGAUACAGUUUAUAAGCAAAAUUAUUCGUUCGCUCUUGAUGAAGUUCAUGGCACCGCGUUACCAAUUGGAAAUGAUUCAUUCUGGUUUGACUUAUUUACUCAAACACACGAUUGGGGUUUGAUUCUUUAUGAACAAGAUUGGCUUGAUCAUCAAACGUAUAAUUUUACCCCAUUAUUCACGGAUAUUCAUCUCGGACAUCAAUGGUUAAUAUCGAUGGGUGACGCAGCCGAAAAAGUCGGAAUGAAUAUUCAAUACUGUAUGAGUUUACCGCGACAUAUUUUAACCGCGCUCGAAGCUCAACGUGUAACACAUGCACGAGUGUCGACGGAUUAUGCAUUUCAUCUGGAACAGACUCGAAAUGCACAACAAUGGGCUAUCGGAAUAUCUAGUAUGUUUGCUGAUGCGGUUGGUUUAGCACCAUUUAAAGAUGUUCUAUGGUCAACAAAAGAUCAGCCAGGUGCGCCCUAUCCACAUUCACCGCAAGAAGUCCUUCCUGACCGAGAAAUACUCAUCUCCACGCUCUCUACAGGACCUGUCGGACCUGGCGAUGCUAUUAAUUAUACAAACAGUUCGCGUAUCAUGAAAUGUUGUCGACAAGAUGG